CUGUACAUGGCGUCCAUGGGGAUCACUCGCCCUCCAUUCUGGCAGAUGUGUGCAUUCAUCAUGCUGGGCACCAACGGAGCCACGUGGUUCAACACUGCUGUGCUCGUCACCUGCAUCCGCAACUUUGAGGGUGACAGGGGCGUGGUGGUGGGGCUACUCAAGGGCUUUAUAGGGCUCAGCGGGGCCAUUUUCACGCAGCUGAGCGAGCUUCCUCCUCCACUGCCACCGAGCCUCUAUCUCAUGUGCACAUGGCAUGGCACUGGUCCCUUCUCUGUGCAGGUGGUGGGAGUGGGUCUCGCGCUCUACCUCAUGCUCGCCAUGACACUGCAGUGGUUCAAAGCCGGCCGCCUAUUUUUGAGGCACCUCAAGAAUAGCUUCACUCCAUGUCCACCCGCGUUUUCCCCCUCCCACUCUCUCAUCAUCACCCCCUCCCACUCUCUCAUCAUCACCCCCUCCCACUCUCUCAUCAUCACCCCCUCCCACUCUCUCAUCAUCACCCCCUCCCUGCCUGCCAUCCCCUUCAGUGGGACAAAGCACGGAGCCCCAUCGCUUCCAAGCUGCCUUUACAUUCACCGCACGAUUACCUCGACCAACUUUCCUCUGCCACCUCCUCCUUUACCUUCAAGCCGUCUGCCACACGCACGGAUCACUCCUCGCUCCCUGAUGACAGCGACACCACUGGAGGCGAGUCGUACCCUCUUCUCACUUGACACGGUAGGGAGCCCCCUUAAGGCCACCUCCUUUACCAGCACACCUGCCUCUCACAGCGGUGCGGGGCGUGCGAGUGAGCGGGCUGGUUCUGACGUGCCGCAUACAUUCGAUACAAGCACACCUGCUUCUGACAUGAGUGCAGGGUGGGCGAGUGAUAGAGAAGGUAGCCCAAGGGAGCGUGGGGGAGGAGGCUUGGGGCAGGCAGGGAGCAGUGCGGCAGGUAGUGGCUUGGGAGUGGGGGUGAGGGGGAAUGGCGGAGGCGUGGGUGGGUGUGGGGAGGGCGGGAGGGAGGGGAAAAGCAUGGAGGUUGAAGGGAGGAGCAGCCGUGCUGGGGGGGUGGAAGUGGGGAGGGGACAGCGAGGCAGUGCCCUGCGCGUGGGCAUGGAUCACACUCUGCUGCAGGCUGCUGUCACUCCCGAGUACUGGCUGCUGUUCUUCGCCAUGGGGUGCGGCACAGGGUCCGGGCUCACCGCAAUCAACAACCUGGCGCAGGUGGCAGAGUCUCUGGGCUCUGCAAGCGUUGGUGCGCUGGUUGCUCUCGUCAGCAUCUGGAACUUUUUAGGAAGGAUGGCUGCCGGGUACGUGUCGGAGCAGUGUUUAAAGCUCUGGAGCACGCCGCGCCCUCUUUGCAUGCUGCUCGUGCAGGCUGCCAUGGGGUGUGCGCACCUGCUGUUCAGCAUCGGGGAUCCUCUGCUCCUCUAUCCUGCAGCAGCACUGGUAGGAGCGGCACACGGGGCGCACUGGACGCUCAUGGUUACCACUGCUUCUGAGCUCUUCGGGCUGAAAUACUUUGGCGCGCUGUACAAUACACUCAGCAUAUCAUCCACAGUCGGCUCCUAUUGCCUCUCUGUCAAGCUCGCCGGCUACAUCUACGACCGUCAAUCUGUGAUCCAACGGUCAGCCUUGCUCCACCUGCCCGGCCUCUCCUCCUCCGCCUCCUCGCUCGCCUCUGCCUCCCUCUCUCCACCCACAACCACCACCGUCACGGAAUGGGCGGCAGAUGCUGCGGGUCAACAAGGGGCAGCAGCGGCACAGCUGUUGCUCCUGGAGGGAUCAGAGCUGCCCCAUCGGUGCAUGGGCCCAGACUGCUUCCGCCUCACCUUCCUUGUGAUGGCACUUGUUUGCGUCGCUGGCAUCUGUGCUCUUCUGAACCUGGUGUCCCGAACAAGACGGCUGUACCAG